GCUCGCCGUCCCUGAGCCUCGAGGCUCUCCAGCGGGCCUGCCUCUUCCCAGCCUCCGGCCUCGACGCGGGGUUGCGGACCUGGUCCCGCCUGCCCUCGCUCGGAGGGAGCGUGGUCGUCCGAGGUCUCGCUGCCGGCCAUGGCCUUCACUUUCGCCGCUUUCUGCUACAUGCUGUCCCUGGUGCUGUGCGCCGCGCUCAUCUUCUUCGCCAUCUGGCACAUAAUUGCCUUCGAUGAAUUAAGGACAGAUUUUAAGAGCCCCAUAGACCAGUGCAACCCUGUUCACGCGAGGGAACGGCUGAGGAACAUCGAGCGCAUCUGCCUUCUCCUGAGAAAGCUGGUGCUUCCAGAAUACUCCAUCCACAGCCUCUUCUGCGUCAUGUUCCUGUGUGCUCAGGAGUGGCUCACCCUGGGGCUCAACGCACCCUUGCUCUUAUAUCACUUCUGGAGGUACUUCCACUGUCCGGCAGACAGCUCGGAGCUGGCCUACGACCCGCCCGCCGUCAUGAACGCAGACACCCUGAGUUACUGUCAGAAGGAGGCCUGGUGCAAGCUGGCGUUCUACCUGCUCUCCUUCUUCUAUUACCUCUACUGCAUGAUCUACACGCUAGUGAGCUCUUAACCCGGACGGCGCAAGUCACCAGAGACGGGACGGGAGAGGCCCAAGAGGAGUUCACACGUGCUGGCUGGUGGCUGGAGAAGGGCCCGGACCGCAUGCGUGAGAGACACCUGUGGACAGCGGAUUCCUGCAGCAGCGGGGACCGAGGUCACAGAGCGUGGGGGUCGCUGCCCGGCCCGCACUCGGGUUGCGAUCCCGUCUAGGCUGUGGGACCUCUCCUGAGUAGGACUGCUGCUUCCUGACCCCCUACUGACUGUCCCAUGCAGUCCAAGCUGAGCCCGGGACCGCAGGAGGGUGCGGCCGGCAGGCCCAGGAACCGAGUGACCCGGGGCCCGCCGAGGCCUCCAGGCUGUCACAGACUACCUGAGUGUCCUGCGUUGCCUCGGAGCCUUGCCCUGCGCUCCCACGGGAGGGUCUUCAGGGGGCAUGGAUUUGCCUUCGACUCCCACCAGCCCUGAGCCUGCGGGCUGUCGGUGGGAGCUGGGGCUCAGGCUGCUGGUCAUGAGUUAUGUCCAAAGUCACAGGGGAGGUGGGAAUCGGAGGGAAAAAUGAGUUUUUAAAACAUUUUCACAUUCAGAGCGUUAGUUCUUUGCCACCACAAACUGUAUUCUUCUGCGGCCGAUCCAAAACCGUCGCAGAAUCAGCGAAUGCCAAUCUACUGGUCGACAGUGUCAGAGCUGCCUUCUCCUGAGGACCCCGAACAGUGGCGCCUGGGAAACGCCCCGCACCUGCUCUGUGCUGUCCAGCAGCCAGGAGGCGAGAUGCAUAAUUGCAGCCGCCUUUUACGAUGCCACGUCAUUCCUUCUGUUAGCGCAACGCGACGACUUUGGCUUAUUUAGAAUUUUCCGCUUGAUGUCCUCUCCUGUUUGGGUAGGAGUUGUUCUCGGGGUUGUAAAUAAUGACAAGGCUGAGGUUUUUAUGUUUAAA